CCGUCACGUUGAUAAACAACAUUUACCUUGUUGUGAAAUCUGUCUGACAGCCUGCUCGCUGAGUUAGCGGUGGAGUUUCUUGCUGCAUAUCUGCUGCUAGUGAGAGUUCCUGAGUCCACAGAGGAGAACUAUUAAAGGUUCUGGUUCUAACCCCUCCUUGGAGCCUCCUGAUUAGUCUGCAGGUACUUCUUAAAGCCGCUCUCAGCUGCUCUGGGGGGCGGAGUGUCUGCAGAGAGCUGCGCCGAGUGGGGCGCUCAACCGGGGGAAGAGAGAUGGCGUGCUUGCUGGAGGCCCCUCUCCGCAUCAGUGUCCUGUCUGAAGUCACCGCCACUAGUCGCCAUUAUGUUGACAGACUGUUUGACCCCGACCCACAGAAAGUGCUGCAGGGAGUCAUUGACAUGAAGAACGCCGUCAUCGGAAACAACAAGCAGAAAGCCAACCUGAUCGUCCUCGGAGCCGUGCCGAGGUAUGUGUCUGCACAACUUUCCACUCUCUCGUUUCCUUCUUCCUUCUUCCAGCCCUCCAAUCCUGCAAAUUAUAAGUGACAUUACAAACACAAACACAGGUAGAACAUGGUGUGCUUUUGUUCGGGGAGCAGUGACUGCAUGGAAAGGAGAACACGACAGAGCAGUGGAAGGACACUUUGAGCCGUGUUGUUAUC